GAAACAGAUAGUAUAUUCCCAUUUUCUUCUGCAACGAAUAUUCUCUAAACAGCAAAAAGGAAACAAUAUUCCGUCUUCUUUCUUCUUUCUUAUCUCUAUAAUAAUAUCAGUUUGGUCAGAUUACAGAAAAAGAAGAAAAGGGUAAUCGUGAUCUUGAUCUGGGUGAGUGCGGGGAGCAUGAAGUUUUGGAAGAGUUUAAGCAUAUUGAUCGAAGAAGCGUUGCCCGAUUGGAGGGAUCAGUUUUUGUCCUACAAGGAUUUGAAGAAGCACUUGAAGUUGAUAUACCCGAAAGAUGGGAGCGAGAAGCAGGUUAGUAAACGGCCCAGGUUGGAUUCGACGGACGGUGGGGAUGGUGGGUCUAAGGAGGAGAGCGAGGUCCCUAAGGAGGUGAUGGAUUUCGUUUUGUUGUUGGAAGAGGAGAUUGAGAAGUUUAAUGCUUUUUUCAUUGAAAAAGAAGAGGAUUAUGUUAUCAAGUGGAGGGAACUGCAAGAUAGAGCAGCGAAGGCCAAAGUAUCAAAGGAGGAGUUAAUGAAAGUGGGGAGGGAGAUAGUAGAUUUUCAUGGAGAGAUGGUUUUGUUGGAGAAUUACAGUGCCCUUAACUAUACAGGACUACUGAAGAUAAUAAAGAAAUAUGACAAGCGAAGUGGUGCUCUUGUUCGCCUGCCCUUCAUUCGAAAGGUCUUGCAACAACCAUUCUACAGGACUGAUGUUCUUAACCAGCUUGUGAAGGAGUGCGAGAUGGUGCUUGAUCAUCUUUUCUCCAUGAAUGAACCAUCAACCUCGCCUGAAGCAACUGACAAGAAAGUGACCAGUGAGAAAGAAUGUGAAUCCAAAACUUCUACCAGAAGUACUGAAAGGCUGCUCAAUGUUCCAAAAGAACUUGCAGAAAUUAAGAAUAUGAAGAGCAUGUAUAUGAAGCUUACUUUGUCAGCUCUACGUGUUUUGAAAGAGAUCCGGAGUGGAAGCUCAACUGUGAGCAUGUUCUCAUUGCCACCUUUGCAAAAUCAUGCAUUAGAGGAUUGGAAGAAAAUUCCUGUGUUAGAACAGGCAGCCAAAUAAGUUUCUCACCUUGUUGUUAUGAGGGUGGCCCAACUUGGAACAACUUCUCCCUCUUUCGCUUUCCCUCAUCAUUUUCAUUUUCCUUUGUUUUUAUUCUUGUAUUUUAUACCUAUACUUCUGCUAGAAACUGACCACGCUUUUGUAUCCUAAAUCCAAUUCUCAUUGGAACUUGUUUGACUUUUUCCUGUAGACAAUUUUAAAGACGGGAACAUCUGGUUUUGAUCUUUCAGGUAUAGUGAUCAUAGUUUUAGUGUGAAA